AUGGCCCGGCCCCUGGCGGCGCGGGGGCCAAGAAGGGAGGAAGCGCAUCUCCAGCGCCCCACGACGGGGGCGGGAAGAACGGCGCAGCAGGCGGGACAGGCAGCCAAGGGACCCGCCACGGCUACGUCGCGGCCCGUGGAGGCCGGCAACCCGUUCCUCGAGGAAGAGGAGCAGAAGGCAGCGCGCGACGCAGCCGGCCAGCAGGCGGCGCGUGGUGGUAGGCCCCACUCCACAGCAGCAGCAGCAGCAGCAGCAGCAGCAGCAGCAGCAGCAGGCCAGGGACGGGCCACCAGCCCCACAGGACCGGGAGCACAGUCGCAGCAGCAGCACCAGCGCACCACCAGCGGCGGCGGCGGCCACGGCGGCAGCGUGGCCAGCAAGGUGGCGACCGUGCUGCCCCCGUCCGGCUCCCUUCCUAACGGGAGCCAUGCCGCCUCGCUGUCGUCAUCGUCGGGCGGGGCCGCGCUGCCCAAAGGCGGCGGCGUGGCGGCGGUGGAUGGUCCUGGAUCGGCGUCGGCGUCGGCAGCGGCGGGAGGCGGCUGGCUCUCCAACGCGGCCAGCGGAGGGAUCGGCAGCGGGGGAGGCGCGAGCGGUGCCCCGUCCGACGUUCAGUUGGUGGGGUGGCUGGAGAGCCGCCUCCGCGACUACGAAGACCUGCAGCUGCGCCACUGGGCGCUCGAGGCCGAACAUCGGGAGCUGCAGCAGAAGCUCAAGGAGGAGCAGGCGAAGAGCGCACAGCUGACGCGGGAAGUGGGCGAGAUGGGGGAGAAGAUGACCAUGAUAUUGCAAAACGUGACGAACAUGAACAAGACUCAGUAG